AUGAGGAAAUACGCACACACACACACACACACACACAUACUGUGUCCAGUCUGUCUGUGGUCUCCUGUCUCUCCAUAGAUCGUCUCAGGGCUGCUCGGCUGUUCAUGUUCUCGGGACUUUUAAUCUGAAAAUCGAAACCUUGGAAAUAAAAACCUCAGAAAUGGACCCGGACCCUGAUCUGCAGCAAACAGAUAACCACACUCAGGCUGAAUCAACAGAUCCUCCCCCGAGGAUGACCAGACAGCAGAUCUCACAUUAAUAUCAAAUGGCAUCUGUCAACUUCAGUUCAAUGAUCUGUUACUCAAUAUAGGCCGUUUUUCCCUAAUGAGGCAGUGAAGAAAGGAGCCAGUCAGACCGUCGUUGGACUCAUAUUCGGCUGCUAUGCUGUCUGCAAUUUAUUCGGUUCAUUGAUACUGGGAAGAUAUAUCGUCCAGAUCGGUGCAAAGUUCAUGCUCGUUAUGGGACUCUUUGUGUCGUCAGGCUGCACCAUCAUGUUUGGAUUACUCGACCGGGUUCCCGACGGGCCUGUUUUCAUUGCCCUGUGCUUCAUAGUGAGGUCCAUCGACGCAGUGGGCUUCGCUGGUGCGAUGACUUCCACCGUUGCUAUGAUGGGGAAAAUAUUCCCAAACAAUGUAGCGACUGUUUUGGGAAGUUUGGAGAUUUUCACAGGACUUGGUCUCAUUCUGGGGCCACCGGUCGGAGGAUGGGCCUACCAGUCAUUUGGAUACGAAGUCCCUUUUUUGCUUCUUGGAUGUUUAUUGUUGAUUAUGGUUCCUUUCAACAUAUACAUCUUGCCAUCCAUCGAUGCCAAUCCCUCGAAGGAUUCGUUCUUUCGACUUCUCACCAAAGUGAAAAUAAUCCUGAUCUGCUACGUGAUUUUCACUCUUAGUGCAGGUCUGGGCUUCUUGGAUGCCACGUUGUCCCUGUUUGCUAUCGAGACGUUUGGUCUCUCGACUGGCUACGUGGGACUCAUCAUGCUUGGCUUGUCCUUGCCGUACUGUCUGGCUUCACCUCUGAUCGGGUAUUUUACUGAUAAAUAUCCUGCCACCAGGUCUUGGUUCAUGGUAUCAGGCGGUAUCGCCACAGCACUUGGCUUCUGUCUGCUCGGUCCAGCCCCUUUCCUUCACAUCCCAAAUCAGCUGUGGUUGGUGAUCGCCAUGCUUGGUUUUAUUGGGUUUUCUCUGGGCAUGACUACAAUUCCUACAUUCCCUGAGCUCAUCGUGUGUGCACGUGAAGAGGGAUAUGAAGAGGGACUAAGCACUCUUGGAAUGGUGUCUGGGCUAUUCGGGGCAGUUUGGUCCAUGGGGAUGUUUUAUGGCCCGGUAGUCGGGGGACUUAUCACGCAACAUCUGAACUUUCAUUGGGCAGCUACUGUCCAAGCAGGCUUGGCAUUUCUUGGCGCUUUCCUCCUCGGCUUGUAUUAUCUCUUGGCACACCGGCGACAACAAAGCGUGCGGGAAGAAAGUCGACCGACAGACGAAAGCACUCCUCUCCUGACCGAAUGAAGCCUCAGCGACAUGUGGACAGACAACAUAUUGAACAAUGCACAAACUGUGAUUUCAAACUUUCAUUGUUAUUUUUAAUAACUUUUUUUAAUUGAUCAUUGUGUUUUGUUUUUUUUACUUUGGGGGUUAUUUUUUGUAACAGUAUUAUGUUUAUAUGAUGUUUUUAAAGCUGCAACGAUCAGUCCAUAAACAGAAAAAUAACCUAUUUUGAUAGAUGGUUAAUUAUUUAUGUGAGAACGGCAGAAAUGCUGUUUUCUUUCUCUCUUAUAUUUUCUACUUGAGUCUGUUUUACGUCAUAUUAAACUGUAUGUACUGACAAAACAAGACAUCUAAAGAUGUCACCUUCUGAUAGAUCAAAUGAUGAAUGAAUCUAGAAAAUAAUCAAAAGAAUCAAUAAUAAAAAUAACUUAUUUGCAGGCAGCCGUAUAAAUAUUUAUGUGUUUGUAGUAGAUGCUGUCUAACAGCCGAAAACAAAGCGGUGCAACCCUAUGACUGACUUGAAGUUAUGACAUUAGGAUUUAAAUACAUUAUUUUAUACUGUUUAGUAACUUUGGAUGAAUUUUACAUGAAUAAAUGAAUAACUUGAAUAAAGACUCGACCACUGGAAAUCACAGAACCAGAUCACAAACUAAAUGUGCCUUUUGUUCCCUGCUGUAUUAAUCAGCUUAUUUUUCUACAUCACGAGUUGGAUUUCAUGUUCGUGUGGUACACGUCAAGAGCUGCUGACAACAUUUUUAAUAUAAAAGAAGCAGAUAUGAAGUAUUACGCAGGUCACAAUGAACGUCUCAGAAUGUACAGUACAGUUCAAUAUGACCGGGAGCGUUAUGUCAGCGUUAUGUGUUUCUGACAUUUUUGUGACAAAGGUUUUUUGCACUGAUUUGAAUAAAGAGUAAAUAUGAAAAUGAAAAA